AUGUCGAAACUAUUCAUCGGUGGCCUUGCUUGGCACACCGACGACACAACACUCCGCGCCAAGUUCGAAGAAUUCGGCCAAGUCGAGGAAGCCAUCGUCGUCAAGGACCGCGACACUGGACGCAGCCGCGGCUUUGGCUUCGUGCGCUUUUCCAACGACUCGGAAGCCGAUGCCGCCAUUCAGUCCAUGAACAACGUUGAGUUCGACGGUCGCACCAUCCGCGUCGACAAGGCCUCCGAGAGUGGUGGCGGAGGAGGGCGUGGUGGUUAUGGCGGCGGUCGCGGUGGCGGCGGUGGGUAUGGCCGUGGAGGCGGUGGGGGUGGUUAUAGCGGCGGCGGUGGCUAUGGCGGCGGUGGUUACGGCGGCGGUCGCGGAGGUGGCGGAGGCAGCUAUGGCGGAGGCCAAUGGCGCAAUGACAACCAGCAAGGCGGCGGCGGCUACGGUGGCGGCGGUUACGGCGGCCAGCAACAGGGCGGAUACGGCGACCAGAACCAGCAGCAAGGUGGUGGCGGAUGGUAG